UGUUGCUGUUGACUUUUUUUUUUUUUUUUUUUUUAAUUAUAUUUUUAUUUUUAACGGAGAUUUUUCGGUGUAUAAUGAGUCGUAAUGCCGUUUUCCCGACACCGGUCGAACGAAAACAUGAGCACUCGUCGUUGGGAUGGUCGGUACCUCGGUGACCAAGCUCAAAGCUUGGUGAAUUUGAAUAGCUGUGCCUAUUGUACGUCAUGGAAGACUGGAUGGCAGCGUUAAAAGUUACAGCCAGCAGAGAUAUUUUAAAUCAACCGAUCGGUGUGGAUUUAAAUGAUUUUCUGUCUGGAAAUCACUCGUGGCAUACUACGUCUCAUGCACGUCCAACAUAUUGUAAUAUCUGCCGAGAGCAACUCUCAGGUGUUACAUCUCAUGGAUAUAGUUGUGAGGUGUGUAAGUGUAAAGUACAUAAAAGAUGCGUGGACAAGGCGAUCAGCAACUGCAAGUGGACUACAUUGGCUAGUGUUGGAAAAGACAUAAUUGAAGAUAAGCAAGGGAAUAUUUUAAUGAUACACCAAUGGAUGGAAGGAAAUUUACCUGUUUCUUCUAAAUGUGCAGUCUGUGAUAAAACAUGUGGAUCAGUUUUGAGGCUCCAAGACUGGAGAUGUUUAUGGUGCCGAGCAACAGUACAUACUGCAUGUCGCCCUAAACAUACAAUUAAAUGUCCAUUAGGAUCCAAUAGAUUAAGUGUUGUGCCACCCACGGCUAUACAUUCUGUUGCUAGUGACGAUUCUUUAGAAGCAAUCCAACCCCAUGGAUGUUCCCCAUUAUUGGUAUUUGUCAAUUCUAAGUCUGGUGACAAUCAAGGUAUAAAAUUUCUCAGAAGAUUCAAGCAAAUAUUAAAUCCAGCACAAGUAUUUGAUCUCAUUGGUAACGGCCCUGGACCCGGGUUAAGAUUAUUUAGACAUUUCAAUCCGUUCAGAGUGUUAGUUUGUAGUGGUGAUGGUUCUGUUGGUUGGGUUCUGUCUGAAAUUGAUAGGCUUAAUAUGCAGGUGCAGUGUCAUGUUGGUGUACUACCUUUGGGAACUGGUAAUGAUUUAGCAAGAGUAUUGGGUUGGGGCGCAUCAUGUGAUGAUGAUGCCCAUUUACCACAGAUAAUGGAUAAAUAUGAACGAGCCAGUACCAAGAUCCUUGACAGAUGGAGUAUAAUGGUAUAUGAACGUAGCAUUGACAUAGGUAGUGGCACGAAACUCACAAUGAAUUCUGGGGUACAAGAGGGUAUUAGUUUAGAAUCAGCCAUAUCCACCUACUACAAUUAUAUUAUGAGUAAUUUGAACAUUAUUUUGCAAACUCAUGAACAUGAAACAAUUGUUAACACAGCCAAAGAGUUGUGUGGUACUAUCAAAGAUUUUAUUGUAUGCAUAUCAGAAAUUAGCAAUGUUAUCGGCAAUACUGAAUUCAAUGAUAUGCGCCAAGACUUAAAAUAUAAAUUAGACAAAUUUUUAAAACUUCUUCAAAAAGAAGAGUUCAAAAUAACAUAUCAGACCAAAAUUGAAACAGUGCAUAAUAAUGAUUUAAAUGAAGAAAACAUGCACAUUAACAUUGAUAAAACAACAAAUAACAAUGAAAAAGAUACUGAAAGUAAAGCCAUCAAAAAAAUGUAUAAAAAGGAAUUACUUGAAAGAGCUAAUAGCCUUAAAAAAUCAGUUACAAAAUUAAUUGAACAUUCUGGCAAGACAACUUUUCCUUCUACUAUUUCAACUCCACUUCCCACGCUACAACUACUGUCACCAAGCAUCGAUAAUAAUCUAAACCUUCAACAGCUAACUCCUACAUCUAUUGUCAAUCCUAUAUCUAUUUCUCCUUUACCGAUGUUAAGAAGAGAAUCAUCGUGUUCAACAGAAUUAAAUAUUGAAUCAUUACCUGCACCUGUGGAAUUUUCUGAUUGUCGCCAGGAAAUAGUUCUGGAUGAUCAAAACGCUACGAUGUCUGAAGAAGAUACGAGUACAUAUCAAACUUCACAGUAUGAUGAUUUGAAUAGCUAUUGUCAAAUAUAUGAAACUGAUAAAUUAAAAAAUGAAUGCAAAGAUCAAAUUAGUGAACCACUAAAAACAUAUCCUGCAUUUAAAAUAAGCGAAGAAGAAUCUUUAGGAAAUAUUUGUCAUAUUGAUUCGUCUGAAGCAUCAGAUGAGAUACCGGAUAGCUAUAAAAUGUGUGACAACAAGUGCCAAGCUUCUUCGUCUCGCUACAGUUUUCGUCAAGCAUGUCGAGGAACAUUUUCACGUCAUCAACCAAAAUUGAAUUUUGGUGUAAAUGAGUGUAUGGAAUCUGAUGUAGAUGUAUCCAAUUUAAUAUCUUCAUCCCCAGAAGAUGAAGAAAGUGAAGACUUUCGCAAAGAACUCUUAAUCGUAGAAAAUAGUUCUAAAAAGUGUAGUAUUGCACAUUUUAUUGAGGGAAAUGACAUAGCACGAAGAUCAAUUAAAUGCCGCCAUCUUAAUAAAACAUAUAGUGACAUGGAAGCUGAAAUUGAAUUAGGAUUUAAAAAUGUAAUCAAGGAAUCAGAAAAAUGUACUGUAAACAUGGGUUUAGAAGUACCAAAUGAAAUUAAUGUCAGAAUUCAAGGUUCUAAUGGUAAUUUAAGUACAAAUGGUGAUAAUUCAUACCUACUUCAAGAUCCUAAACCAACAAGUGAUGUUUUUGAUGCUGAUGAUGAUGAUGAUGAUGAAUUGCAUAGUUUCAAAGGAUUAAAAAGGAGUCAAACAAUGACUGGUCCAGCUGUGGUCAUCAAUCCUCCUUCUCCCCAACAUUUCUCUCCCAAUAAAUUGUGUGAUGUAGAAGAGUCACAUCUGGACUGUAGAAGAAAUAGUUUUGAUAGUUGCCGAAGACUUUCUGCAGCAUCACCUGUCAUGUUAAAUGCUUCACCUUUGCGAUCUUCACAUAGAAUUUCAAGUAGUUCAGCAUUAAAUAAUCGAAAUCCUUCUCCUACACCAUGCUCAGUACAAAAUUAUACAUCACUUAAACGUAAUAAACAUUUACCGAUUAUUAAUCCAUUGGUUACUUUACCUACUUGGCCUAAUGUAACAGAAUCAAGUUUGAUAAGUCAAGUGUUAUUGGCUAAUGCUGAUGCUUUAUGUGCUCCUGCUGUGCCUUUGAUGGACCCCGAUGAGACAUUGCUAGAAGGAUUUUUUGAAAAAUGCAUUAUGAAUAAUUACUUUGGUAUUGGCAUAGAUGCUAAGAUCUCAUUAGAUUUUCAUCAUAAAAGAGAAGAACAUCCAGAAAAAUGUAGGUCACGGACACGAAACUACAUGUGGUACGGGGUAUUGGGAAGCAAACAGUGGUUACAGAAAACCUAUAAAAAUUUGGAUCAAAGAGUACAAUUAGAAUGCGAUGGACAAAGAAUUCCACUUCCGUCAUUGCAAGGAAUUGUAAUACUUAAUAUUCCAAGUUUCAUGGGCGGUACUAAUUUUUGGGGCGGUACUAAAGAAGACAGAGUCUUUUUAGCUCCUAGUAUUGAUGAUAGGAUAUUAGAAGUAGUUGCUGUGUUUGGAACUAUCCAAAUGGCUGCAUCGCGCUUAAUAAACUUACAACAUCAUCGCAUUGCCCAGUGUACUACUGUGCAAAUAAAUAUUAUGGGUGAUGAAGGGGUACCUAUACAAGUAGACGGUGAGGCGUGGGUACAGCCUCCUGGAAUGAUUCGUAUAAUUCACAAGAACAGAAUGAAAAUGUUAUGCAGAAAUAAGGCACUUGAACUGUCACUAAAAUCAUGGGAAGAAAAACAAAAACAAAUUAAACAUCAGAGUAAACGCACACAUAGUCAAUCGCUAUGUAGAUUUACUCCUUUAAGCCAAGAUGAAUGGACUAUUCUAAAGGAAUUUCUUGAAGCCACAAAGAACUUAAUUGAACUGAUCAGAGAAAUUUUACUAAAACAAAAAUUAUUCAAAGGAGAUGAUGCAAAAAAAUUAACUGAUACUACUAAUGAUAAUGUUAAAAAAAUCAGUAUCAUUGAACAUGAAACUAAGGAAAAGGAAUCACGAUCAGUAGCAACUGAUAUUGUAUUAAGUACAAAACGUUUACAUGAAGAGACACUAACUAUGAUUAGAAAUGCGGGAAAUGUUUUUGAUGGAAAAUUUGUAGUUAAACUGUCAUUGGCAUUUAGUAGACUUGAAAUUGAAUUUAAAAAAUGUCUAAUAUCAUCUAAAGACUCUGAAGGAGAUUAUGAUUCGUCAUCAUGUUAUGUUUAUUUCCUGAACAAUACUUAUGAAUCGGACAAGUUGUGCCGUAAAGGACAGUUUUGGCAAAAGUUAUGGAAAACUAAUAUAGUAUCAUCAAAACCACUCAGUCAAGAUAUAUCUAACUGGAGCAUAGUGGAGGUGGGAAUUUGGCUUGAAUCAGUCCAGUUGGGAGAAUACACAGAAGUAUUCGCCAACAAUGAUAUUCGAGGCAAAGAAUUAUUGAACUUAUCACGACGUGACCUAAAAGAAAUUGGAAUGACCAAAGUAGGGCACCUAAAACGCAUACUUAUGGCUGUCAAAGAAUUAGGCACAAUCAACGAAGAUCAUUAAAACUAAUUAAGGUGAAGUAUUCUAUAUUUUGGCUAUAAUAUACAUUAUAUAAAUGUAUAUAUAUAUUUUUUACAGAAGAUUUUAAGUUUUUUUACGGAAUAUAUUAUUUAUGUUCUAUUAAAAUAAUUUCUCAUCACACAGUGAAAGGUAGUUUUCAAUGUCUCAAAUCUUAUUUUUUAAGCUUAAUGAAGCUAAUUUGUUAUUUGUUAGCCUAAACACAAAUUAUGAAUUAGAAUAGUAAUCAAGAACAAAACUAUAUAAUUGAUGUUCCUAAGUUAUAACUUAUAUAAUAGUGCAUAUCCAAUAGGUAUACAACAUUAUUAUACAAUUCUGUUCAUGCAUAAUAUCUUGAUUUAUUUCAAUUUUUUUAUGAAUACAUGUUAUAGAUUAACAUUUGUUAUUCUGUAUUGGUAUUAGGCAUGAAUACAAUAAUGGAUACAUGGAGCUAUAGUCUCCAAAAUCCAUAAUCAUAAAAUAAGUAAUGAAAUACAUUCUUUUAACAUUUUAACACAAUUUUCAAUUUUAUAUUACAUUAGUUUUUAAUAAAUUAUUGAGUAUAAAAAUUCAGUGAUAUCAUUUGUGGGAUAUAAAGGCGUGCACUUACAUUUGUAAAAAUAUGUUCUGUUAUUUGCUGAGCGUAGUGAUUUGUUUUGAUAUCAAGCUACAUUACUACUAGUUAAUUAGCAUUCUAUAGCAUAAUACAAAUUUACUCCAUUCUUAAAAAUACUAUUAUUUACACGCAUACUCCAAAUUUAAAUCCUGGAUCUCUACCUGCCAUAAUAUGUGUAUAAUCAGUAAGUGUCCAUCAAUAUGUUAAUGAUGGACAUUAUUAGUUUUAUGUUAACGGGUAAAUUAUAUUACAUUUAAAACAGGAAUGACAAAGACUUAUUCUACUUGCUCUAUUUAACUUGUCUAUUAUCCCUAUCAUCUAGUAACUUAAGUGCCAAAUAACUAUUUAUUAACAUUUUCAUUUUUUAAUUUAAUUUUUAAUAAUGUCUGUAUAAUUCAAACAUUAUGCAUUUCUAAAUGAAAAAAGUUUUUAAAAAUAUAACGUGCAAUUUAUCAAUUUAUUCAAUCUUAAUGUAUAACUCAUAGAUAUAAAAAAUAAUAAUAAAUACACUCAUUACUCAUUAGUAUAUUUAUCUAUAUUUUUGUUACGCACAUGUUUUUCAAAAUUUUAACUGUGUACAUAAUAUUAUUCAUUUUAUUGUUUAAUUAUGAAGUGAUUCAUAUUGUGAUACGGUCAAACUAAGAUGAAAACUAUUCAUCAUUCAAAAUACAUAAUAUUUGAUGACUAUUGAUUUUAGGCAAAUUUCUUUUUAUAUUAAUUGUAAUUUUUAAAUAAAUGAUAGAUUAUUAGUUAUUACCUUUAUAAUUCUCAGUGUAUAUAUUACACUAAUAUUGAUAUACGAAUAUGAUUUUUCUGGAAUUUUAUGUAUAAACAGAUUGAACUAUGUUGACUAACUUAUAGACAUAAUAUUCAAAAAAAUUUGAUUAAUCAAUUAUUUAGUUUUUUAUUGAUUCAAUAAUAUGAUAAUUUUAAAGAAAAUAUUUAUACAAGAAAAAUCAAUGGUCAACCAAAUUAUAAUGAAUUUGAAUUGUUUAAUAUUGUGUACUGAUUAGUGAUAUAAUAAUUAAUAAUUAAGGCCAUCAAUGUGUUUCAAUGAACUUUUUAAUUAUUUAUUUGUUUAACUAUUACUUGUGAUUGUUAAAAUGUACUAUGAAAUCAUCUGUAUACACUAAGUAAUAACUAAUUUUUGGUGCUAAUUACAGUGUUUCGUUUCAUUUAGAUAUUAUUUCUAAAUCAAAAAAAAUUACAAGACUAAAAAAAGUCACAAUUAGUUAAAUUAAUUAAAAUUAGUAUAAUACAAUCUGUUGUUGAACAUUGACUAUGUCUCACAGGGUUUAAACGAGUGACUAAUAAAUAUUCUACCUGUGUCCGUUUUACCUGUAAAUGGUUAAUGGGUACUGUUAAAAUCUUGUGUAAUUGUUAUUACUUAUUAUUAUGGUAGAAUAUAAUGUCUUAGCAAUAAUUUAUUAAGCAAUAGUUUAGUAAGUUCCUACUAUUUUAUUCUAAAAACAAAUAUUUAUUUAAUUUUUAUCUAAACAAAAUCUAUAUUGUGUAGAAUAGACGUACUUAAUACACAUAAUAUUACAUCAUAAUUUAUUAUAAUAUUGCCUUUUGAUUUCUUUGACGCUUAUUCAAAGAAAGCAAAUGGAUUUUAUUUAUUGUAUACUAUUUUUACCUUUGUGUUUAUAAAUAUUUAAUAAUAAUAAUCAUAUUAAUAAUAGUAUAGAA